AAUAAUUGAAACAAAGACCACAUGCUUUAGCAAACACAAUGGGAAGAGAUGAAUUCCUCUGCUCUGGCAAUCUCCUCUGCUUCACUUCCACUUUCCGGUCACCGGAAAAACCUCCACGGCAAAUGGAUUUUCACCAGCUCCAAGCCGUCCAUUAGCUCCGCUAGCCUUCCUUUUUUAAUGAGAGUUACAAAUGAUCCAAAUCGGACAGAACUAUCUUCCGAUGCUGCCACCGAAAAAUCAGAAGCCGAUAAGAUCGUUGACGCGAUGGAUUUCGGUGAGCUGUGCAAUGAAUUUGUGUGUAUUAGCAGCCCUAUGGUGGAGGCUACAGCCAGACAACUUGCUCGUGAUAUACUAGAGCUACGCGAAGGCAAUCGUGCGCUCGGAACUUUUGCAGCUUCUGUCAAAUACAAGGAUCCUGUCCGAAGUUUUAGUGGUCGUGAGAAAUAUAAGAGACCCUUGUGGGUGACUGGUGCCCUUGACAAUCCUUCUGUGACUGUGCAAGAAAUGGUGAUGCUGUCAACUAGCGAGUUGAGUAUAAAGUGGACAAUAAAAGGGAAGGCCAAAUCUAUUCUUAAUGGUGUAGGAGAUUUGAUAAUUAAAGUGAAUUCGCAGUUUACUCUGAAUCAAAUCAGUGGCCAAGUGAUCGAGCAUGAAGAGUCUUGGGAUUUAUCUGCUUCAUCACCUACAGCUCAGGCAUUUUUCUGGACAUCUCGUCGUCUGUUUGCUACAGUUGAAGCCGGAAAAGAUUUUUCCGACUUCGUCAAGAACUUGGCAACCCGUCUUCCGACGGAGAAGGAGAACUUGGAGAUUUUUCCUGACCCUACUGGUGAUCCAACAAAGUUCUUUCAAAGAGAUGACAGUUUCCAGAGGGAUGCCUACCAGAUUUUAAUAUUUCUUGCAGUCAUCUAUUUUAUUGUACAGUUCUUGAAGACAACUUUGUAAUUUUGUAUUACAACAACAACAAACAAAAACUAGUGUGAUCAAAAUAAAAUCUGAACAAAUAUCAAAAUGUUUAUUUUAUUUA